CGGCCGUAUUUUUAAGCAGCACACAACCAGCGCGGCUCCAGGUCACCAGUCAACAUGUAUUGUGCACGAAGUCUCGCCCUGAUUCAUCUGAGAAACUUCUAGCACCUGCUAAACAAUGAGUGGCUCCAAGCCGGACAUCCUGUGGUCCCCCCAUCACCCGGACCGUUAUGUCAUCUGUGACUCCGAGCUGGGGUUGUACCGCAUUGGACCUGUGGGAAACACUGAAACUAAGGCCGGGACUUUGCCACUCUCCGAAGAAACUGCUGCUACUUUGUUAGCCAUCAACUCAGACACCCCUUACAUGAAGUGUGUGGCCUGGUACUCCAAACAUGAGCCAGAGUGCUUGCUGGCUGUUGGCCAGGCCAAUGGGAGGGUGGUCCUCACCAGUUUGGGUCAGAGCCACAACUCUGCUUGCAAAGAGCUUGUGGGGAAGGAGUUUGUCCCAAAACAUGCGCGACAGUGCAACACAUUGGCCUGGAACCCAGUGGACAGCAACCUUCUGGCGGCAGGUUUGGACAAACAUCGAGCGGACUUCUCCGUCCUCAUCUGGGACAUCAGCAGCAAGUUCUCCCCGGAGGCGAGCGCUACAGCAGAGAAGAUCCGCCUUUCGUCCGUGGACUCUGACUCAAACUCGGUGGUGACCAAACCUCUUUAUGAGCUGGGCCAGAAUGACGCAUGCCUCUCGCUCUGCUGGCUUCUCCGUGACCCCAAGCUGCUUUUGGCUGGGAUGCAUCGCAACCUGGCCAUCUUUGACCUGCGAAAUACUAGCCAGAAGACGUUUGUCAACACCAAGGCCAUCCAGGGAGUGACCGUUGACCCGCACUUUCCUGACCGUGUGGCCUCCUUCUUUGAGGGUCAGGUGGCCAUCUGGGACCUGAGGAAGUUUGAGAAGCCGGUGCUCACGCUGACUGAGCAGCCCAAACCACUCACCAAGGUGGCAUGGUGUCCCACUCGCACCGGCCUCCUUGCAACACUGACACGCGACAGCAACAUCAUCCGCCUCUACGAUAUGCAGCACACGCCGACGCCCAUCGGCGACGAGACAGAGCCGACCAUCAUCGAGCGCAGCGUGCAGCCCAGCGACAACCAGAUCGGCAGCUUCGCCUGGCACCCGUCCUCCCAGAACCGCAUGGUGGUAGUCUCGGCCGCGAAUCGAGUCAUGACAGACUUCACUGUGUUUGAGCGUAUCUCCCUGGCGUGGAGCUCCACCACCUCGCUGAUGUGGGCCUGCGGCAGACACCUGUAUGACUGUGGAGAGGACGGAAGUGAGGGUGUGAUGGAGAGAGACAUCGCCACCAAGAUGAGGCAACGAGCCCAGUCCAUGUACGGGCACGACACCGUCCAAGUGUGGAGGAACCACCUGCUAGCUGGGGGGAACGACCCGCAGCUCAAAUCGCUGUGGUUCGACUUGUCCUAUAUGAAACAGUGUGCUGAGGACGCAGAGCUGAAACUGCAGGGAAACAAGCAGUCGGUGGUUUACUCUGGAAUCAAGAACAUUGUAAAGAUCAGCUCAGGUACCUGCGAGAGCCGCAAGUGUUGGAGCGGUUCGGACCGCCAGGCUGAUGUGCCACGGUACCACAGUGAGGAGCGUUGCCUGGCCCUACGACUCUGCGGCUGGAUCAGUCGAGGGCCAGACGUCGACGUGGAGCCGUUCUUGAGGUCUCUGGAGAAGGAGCGGGAGUGGGAGCGAGCCGCUGCCGUCGCUCUCUUCAACCUGGACAUCCGCAGGGCCAUCCAGAUCCUCAACAAGGGCGCCUCCGCUGACAACGGCGACCUGAACCUGAAUGUGGUCGCCAUGGCGCUGUCGGGCUACACUGACGAGAAGUCAUCACUGUGGAGGGAGAUGUGCAGCGCGCUGCGGCUGCAGCUGAAGAACCCGUACCUCUGCGUCAUGUUCGCCUUCCUCACCAGUGAACCUGGAUCCUAUGACGGCGUCCUGUAUGAGAGCAGCGUGGCCGUCCGGGAUCGAGUCGCCUUCGCCUGCAUGUUCCUCAGCGACUCACAGCUGCCACGCUACAUUGAUAAACUGACCGGCGACAUGAAGGAGUCGGGCAACUUGGAGGGGAUCCUGCUGACCGGUCUGACCAAAGACGGCGUCGACCUGAUGGAGAGUUACGUGGACAGAACAGGCGAUGUUCAGACGGCCAGUUUCUGCAUGCUUAAGGGGUCGCCGGUCGACGUGCUCAAGGACCCCCGGGUGCAGUGCUGGAUCGAAAACUACCGCAACCUGCUGGACGCCUGGAGGUUUUGGCACAAGCGAGCAGAGUUUGACAUCCACAGAGGGAAGCUGGACCCCAGCUCCAAACCCUUGGCCCAGGUGUUCGUGAGCUGCAACUUCUGCGGGAAGUCCAUCUCUUACAGCUGCUCGGCAAUGCCGCACCAGGGCCGCGGCUUCAGCCAGUACGGAGUGAGUGGUUCGCCCACCAAGUCCAAAGUCACCAGUUGCCCCGGCUGUAGGAAACCGCUGCCCCGCUGUGCCCUCUGCCUCAUGAACAUGGGCACCCCGGUUUCCAACUGUCCAGGGCCCGGGAAGUCAGAGGAGACGGUGGAUCUGAUUAGAGAAAACAAGCUCGCUCAGUUCAACAACUGGUUCACCUGGUGCCACAACUGUCGCCACGGCGGUCACGCUGGACACAUCCUCAGCUGGUUCAGGGACCACACUGAGUGCCCGGUGUCAGCGUGCACGUGCAGGUGCAUGCAGCUGGACACCACCGGGAACCUGGUGCCCUCUGACAGCAGCUAAUCCAGUCAAACCUGUCGGGAUCUGGAACCAAACCGAGGCCCGGCGAGCACUAGCCACCAUCGUGCCAGGGGACCAUGAACCCUCCACUCAUAGUCUAGUGAAUGUAACAGAGCCGGAAAUCAAGAAGGGAGGUGUGUGUGUUUUCACUGAUUGAUCCGAAUCAAUAUAAGAAAAGGGAGGAAACCCACAUGUGCUGCUCUGCUAAGGAGAUGCCACACUCAGGAAUAUUGCUCCGAUAUCUUCAGAGUCGUCACCAGUUGCCAACUGUUGUGUGUGGAUUCGAUGCAACACAACGACCAUCUUCACAUACCUCAUUGAGUUUCGGAGAAGUGCACGACAACACUUGCUGUGUUGGUGCUACACUUGACCUGGCAGAGGUAGUGGGAGGGGCCAGCUGGUUGGAGGGUGAGGGGGCUUUCAUUCUUGGGUCUAUAUUCACCCGUCGCCAUGAAAGAAGCUUCCAAAAACGGCAGCUGCUCGGCUCUCUGACAAGACCCUCCAUAUUGUUCUUCUCAUAAAGAGCCUCAGCUGCCGGAACCCUAGUGAUUCAAUGAGGGGACAGUCUGAGCGCGGACCCUCCCUCCACUCUGCCCCGCUCGACACCCGCUAACAUACAUUUUCAUUUAGGCGCCGCAUUUGCACCUAAAAUCUGUGCGACUGUUCAAGGACAGCCUGCCUGCUGUGUUUUAAGUUUCACCUCCCUUCCUGUAUCAUGUAUUGUCAGAUGGAGGAGCUGGGCGGGGGGGCUGCUACUGUAUGGGGCUGUGAGGACUGGGGUGCAGUGUGGGCGCUUUUAUAAGGUCUGCCAGUCCUUUGUCUGAUUC